ACAUGUGACGCAAAGAGACUUUCCAAUCCUCGUUUGCCCGCAGAAAUGAAUGAGAAAGAGAAAGUAGGAGAGAGCUACCCAAAGAAACAGAAAUAACUGUUUGUUUGAAGAAAAUAGGAGAGAGCGAAAGAGGAGGAGAUGAAUUAGAAUAUUAAUCUGGGUAGUUUUAUCGAAUUGGGUAGCAUUAACAAUGAAGAGAGCGGACGAAGCAUCACCACAUUCAAGAAAACUCAGCAAUCAUACAGUUUUACCGUAUGAAACCCCAAAAUUGAGAGACCAUUACCUGAUGGGCAAGAAACUUGGGCAAGGCCAAUUCGGAACCACAUAUCUUUGUACACACAAAACCACAGGGGCAUUGUAUGCUUGCAAAUCCAUCCCAAAGCGUAAGCUCAUUUGUAGAGAAGACUACGAUGACGUUUGGCGAGAGAUUCAGAUCAUGCACCACUUGUCUGAACACCCAUUUGUGGUUCAAAUCAAAGGAACAUAUGAGGACGCUGUGUUUGUGCAUUUGGUGAUGGAGCUUUGCGCUGGUGGUGAGUUAUUUGAUAGGAUUGUUAAGAAGGGCCAUUACAGUGAGAGAGAGGCUGCUAAGCUUAUAAAGACAAUUGUUGGGGUUGUCGAGGCCUGUCACUCUCUUGGGGUCAUGCAUAGGGAUCUCAAACCUGAGAAUUUCUUGUUUGAUACUCCUUCUGAUGAUGCCAGGCUCAAAGCGACCGAUUUUGGCUUGUCCAUCUUCUAUAAGCCAGGACAAGUAUUUCAUGAUGUUGUUGGAAGUCCCUAUUACGUCGCACCAGAGGUGUUGUCAAAGAUUUAUGGACCUGAAGUGGAUGUCUGGAGUGCUGGUGUUAUACUUUACAUUCUAUUAAGUGGGGUUCCUCCUUUUUGGGCAGAAACUGAAGCAGGAAUCUUUCGACAGAUUUUACAAGGCAAAAUAGAUUUUGAAUCUGAGCCUUGGCCUAGUAUUUCAGAAAGUGCAAAAGCUUUGAUGCUAAAGAUGCUUGAGAGGGACCCAAGAAAAAGAAUAACUGCCCAUGAAGUCUUGUGUCACCCAUGGAUUGUUGAUGAUAGGGUUGCCCCAGACAAACCGCUAGACUCUGCAGUUUUGUCUCGCCUCAAGCAGUUUUCGGCAAUGAAUAAAUUGAAAAAGAUGGCUCUUCGUGUUAUAGCAGAAAGACUUUCAGAGGAAGAAAUUGGUGGUUUAAAGGAGUUAUUCAAGAUGAUUGACACGGAUAAUAGUGGGACAAUAACAUUUGAGGAACUUAAAGUGGGUUUGAAAAAAGUGGGCUCAGACCUAAUGGAAUCUGAAAUCAAGUCUCUUAUGGAAGCAGCUGAUAUAGACAACAGUGGAACAAUAGAUUAUGGGGAAUUUCUUGCUGCUACGUUACACUUAAAUAAGAUGGAAAGAGAGGAAAAUUUAAUUGCAGCCUUUUCCUUUUUUGACAAAGAUGCUAGUGGUUACAUUACCAUUGAUGAGCUUCAACAAGCUUGCAAAGACUUCGGUCUAGGUGAUGUUCAUCUGGAUGAUAUGAUCAAAGAAAUUGAUCAGGAUAAUGAUGGGCGUAUUGACUAUGGGGAGUUUGCUGCAAUGAUGAAGAAGGGUGGUGAUCAUGGUACUAUAGGGAGGAACAGAACUGCUUCUCGCAAUUUGAACUUUAAUUUGGCUGAUGCUUUUGGAAUAAAAGAGUCUACAUGAGAGACUAACCAAAAACAAUGUCUUCUUCACAUGCAAUUGUAAUAGGAACUAAACAGCUACAACUCUUGUGUUGCUUGAUUAUAAGGGAUCUGUCUAUUUGUAAUGUUGGCUAUCAUUUUGAUGUUCAAAAUAUGAUAGUGUUACUAAUUGAUUAUAUUGUUGAAGA